GAUUUCGCGGGAAUUAUUCCUGUUGCUCGCAAGCUACUGAAAAUAAUCGUCGAUAUCUGAAAAUAUCAACACACACUUGAUCUCAGAGGAGUAGCAGCUGAAGUGCAAACGUCUAUUUUCUUCGGACAGUCAUGUUCUCAGACCUAAGUGUACAGAGGGAGGGCUCCUCUCUGCUCUGCCGUCCUGCCUCAGAGGACCAGGGCCCGGUGUUUGAGAGAACGUCUCUGGCUUAUAGUCAGUGCUCUGAACGCUACAGAGUUGGGGAGCGGAGCUUCAGCCGCCAGUAUGCUCACAUUUACGCAGCACGACUUAUGCAGAUGAGGCCUCUGCUGUCAGAGAGAGCUCAGCAGAAGUGGGGAUCAGAUGUGGUUAUCAAGAAGCUGUGUGAUCUAGAAACAGCGGAGCAGUGUUGCAUUGUAGGGACUCUGUUCAAGCGUAUGGACUUGCAGCCAUCUAUUCUGAAAGAAAUCAGUGAGGAGCACAACCUCCUGCCCCAGCCUGCACGAGCAAAAUACAUUCAUGAAUCAGAUGAGUUGAUUCUGGAGGAUGAACUGCAGAGGAUUAAACUAGAGGGGAAAAUUGACAAAGACAAGUGUGUCACAGGCAGCGUCAUUGCAGUAUAUGGUGCCGAGAGGAAUGAUGGGAAGUUCACAGUUGAGGACUUUUGCACAGCGGAUCUUCCUUUGCAGAAAGCAAGACCUGCACUUGACUCUGACAGGUUUGUGCUCCUGGCGUCAGGUCUGGGUCUUGGCAGUACUCAUGCUGACAGCAUGCUGGGCCUACAGUUGCUUGUCGACAUGGUAACUGGUCAGCUCGGUGACCUUGGGGAGCAGAGUGGUGCAGCAACAAUUUCCAGGGUUCUGCUGGCGGGAAACCUCCUGAGUCAAAACACUCAAGACAAGGAUGCAUCAACAAAGGCCAAGUAUCUUACUAAGAAGACUCAAGCUGGCAGUGUGGAUGCCAUUCGUUUGCUAGAUGAGUUGUUGCUUCAGCUGGUGGCCUCGGUUCCUGUGGAUGUAAUGCCUGGCCAGUACGACCCCACCAACUACACCCUCCCACAGCAGCCUCUCCACCGAUGCAUGUUCCCCUUGUCGUCUGUUUACCCCACACUACAGCUGGCAUCCAAUCCAUACCACGCCAGCAUAGACGGAGUGAGGUUCCUCGGUACAUCAGGGCAGAACGUCUGUGACAUUCAGAGGUACAGCAGCAGGGACAGCCACUUGGAAAUAUUAGAGGAAACGCUUCGACUCCGACAUCUGGCCCCGACGGCACCUGACACAUUAGGUUGUUACCCAUUUUACCAAAAAGACCCUUUCAUCCUGGAAGAGUGUCCCCAUGUUUACUUCAGUGGCAAUGCCCCUACUUUCGACUCCAAGCUCAUCAAAGGUCCGGAUGGCCAGGAAGUCCUUUUGGUUACCGUUCCAGAAUUCAGCAGCACGCAGAUGGCGUGCCUCGUCAAUUUACGUACUCUUCACUGUGAGCCAAUCAGCUUUUCUGCCUUCUCUGCAGAUGAAGAUGAGGAAAGUGAGAUGAACGUAAGCCACUGAGGACACAGCUGAUGCUUUUUUUUUUUUUUUUUUUUAAGACUAAUUUGUUUUGGCCACAGAAGAAUCAAAUGAACUUCAAUCCAAAAAACACAGAAGCUUUUCAAUAAGAUACAU